AUGACAUUUCUCACCGGACGAGAGUUGGCCUGGGCCAUCACGGCCACUGCUGGCAGCGGUUUCCUCCUUUUUGGCUACGACCAAGGUGUGAUGUCAGGUCUUCUGACUGGUGAUGCCUUUGUUGCGAGGUUUCCUGAGAUCAAUACAACCAAAACUGGACAUGGUAGUUCUGCACUACAAGGCACAGGCUGCUUCUUAGGUGCUAUAAUCUCGUUGUUUGUCGGAGAGAUGCUUGGUCGACGCAAGUGUAUCAUGGCUGGAUGUGUUAUCCUCAGCAUCGGUGCUGCUUUGCAAUGCAGUGCAUAUGGAAUCCCCCAACUUAUUGUUGGUCGUAUCAUCGCUGGUGUUGGCAAUGGUCUCAACACAAGUACAAUCCCUGUCUGGCACUCUGAGUUGAGCAAAGCAGCAAGCCGUGGAAAGGGACUGGCUAUUGAAUUGGCCAUCAACAUCUUUGGUGUCAUGCUCUCCUACUGGGUUGACUAUGGUUUCUCAUAUGUCUCUAGCGAGGCACAGUUCCGCUUUCCAAUCGCACUCCAGAUCGCCUUUGCUAUCCUUACAUUUUUCGGCGUUGUCUGCCUUCCUGAAUCUCCUCGAUGGCUCAUUAAACAUGGGAAAGAGGAUGAGGCCCGCCAUAUUAUUUGGGCCCUGCAGGACAAUGCACGUGAAAUCGAUGAGCAUGAUACCGUCGUCAGUGUUGAUGUCAGGGAUAUCGCACAAGCUAUCCGCGAAGAGACUGAAGCUUCAGCCGAAGGGUCUUUCAAGUUGCUCUUCAAGGAUGGCCCGCAACGUUUCUUUACCCGAACUCUUCUGGGCAUGGGCGGACAGAUGAUGCAGCAGGUAUCGGGCAUCAACCUUAUCACAUAUUACGCAACAGUCAUUUUCGAGCAGUCCGUAGGAAUGGACCACAACACAGCUCUGUUGUUGGCGGGUUUCAACGGCGUGGCUUACUUUUUCUCUUCUCUCGUGCCUAUCUGGGUCAUUGACCGUCUUGGUCGCCGCAAACUUAUGAUGUUUGCCGUGAUUGGACAGGGUUGCUGUAUGGCUAUUCUGGCUGGUACUGUCUGGGAUGGAUCCCAUGCCUCUGGUUUGGUGGCCACUGUUAUGCUGUUCCUGUUCAAUUUUUUCUUCGCCGUCGGUCUUCUGGCCAUUCCUUGGCUCUUGCCUGCUGAAUAUGCACCCCUUGCCAUCCGAACACGCUCGGCAUCCUUGGCCACUGCUACCAACUGGAUAUUUACUUUCCUUGUUGUGGAAAUCACCCCGGUCUCAAUUUCAAGCAUAGGUUACCGGACCUAUAUCUACUUUGCCGUUUUCAACUUCUGCUUCUUUCCCUUGAUCUACUUCUUCUAUCCCGAAACACGACACCUUACACUGGAGCAGAUCGAUCAUCUGUUCACCGGCGAAAAGGUCAAGCUUUACUGGCAAUCAUCUAUGGGAGUGGCUGGAGAUGCAGAGACUCGCAUUGCCCACGACAAAGAUGCCGUUGCUCACAGCAAAGAUCCUGAAAGUGUGCAGGCCCAGCAUUUUGAAUAG